AUGCCUCCAUUCAAUAAUAACACAAAGGACUUCCAGCGGAGUGGUAGCCAAACGAUGACAACGAAUGGUCGCAACGCACUCUAUGGGGUCUGGUGUGCCAUUACUUCAGCCAAAUACGAGACCGUCAUUUGGAUGUUCAUUGUGGCCGUCAGCGCAUCCUUCGGCAUACUGUCGGGCGCUCACCGACUGUGGACCAAAUACGAGACCGUCAUUUGGAUGUUCAUUGUGGCCGUCAGCGCAUCCUUCGGCAUACUGUCGGGCGCUCACCGACUGUGGAGUCAUAAGUGCUAUAAGGCUCACUCAUCCCUCAGGAUAUUGCUUAUGAUUUUGCAGACCCUGGCCCUUCAGAACGACAUCUACGAGUGGAGUCGCGACCAUAGAGUACACCACAAGUACUCGGAGACGGACGCCGACCCCCACAACUCAAAUCGUGGCUUCUUUUUUGCGCACAUGGAUUGGCUUAUGACCAAAAAGCACCCGCAGGUCAUCGAAAAGGGUCGACAACUAGAUAUGUCUGAUCUCUUGGCCGAUACGGUGGUUAGAUUUCAGCGCAAAUAUUACGUGCCAUUAGUUCUGCUUAUAUGGGGUGUACUCCCGACAGUCAUUCCUUACUAUUUGUGGUCGGAAGGGCUGUUGAUUUCGUUCGCUAGCAAUAUGUUACGGUAUGUCCUUUCCCUACACCAGUCCUGGCUCGUCAACUCUGCCGCACAUUUGUUUGGAUUUAGACCGUACGAUAAGGGCAUAGCCUCGCGUGAAAAUCAAUCGGUGGUGUACUUGAGUUUUGGUGAGGGAUAUCAUAACUAUCACCACACCUUUCCAUACGACUACUCUGCGAGCGAAUUUGGCUGGAAAAGUAAUUUCAACCUGGCCACGGCUUUCAUAGACUUCUUCGCGAUGUUAGGUCUGGCCUAUGAUCUCAAGAAAGCCUCGGAUAAAACGAUUUCUGAAAGACAGGAGAGAACGGGAGAGAAAAUAAAGGGACUCCAGAAGAAUACUCUGUUAGACUAUAUGAUAGGUUUGGUGAUCACCAUUUGGCCCCUUUGGGUCACAUAUAUCUCACGAACCAUUUACAGAUAUUUCUUUGAAAACGUCUCUUAUGUUUAUUAAAUGAAUGGUUUUUGUUAUAAAUGUUAUUA